GUGUGUAUGUAUGUAUGUAUGAAUGUAUGUACCUAUUUAUGGUGCCUGUUUCCGACAAACAGUUCGAGACACUGAGCCCUGGCAGUGGUGAGGGACGGUCCUGGCGUACAGGGAGGGGCUGCCUCCACCAUCUCUAAGUGGUGUGACCGCCGCUUUUUCCUUCCGUGUACAUAAUUUGAAUAUAAACAUUCACAAUGUUCAGCAAAUUCUUCAAACAGGACAUCCGACGUGUCGUUCACGGCACUUGCCUCGUGGCGGGCGGCACCGGCGCCGGGGCGAGCCCCGCCAAGGUGACGCUCAGCCUCCAGCUUCGGGGAGGGUGCUGGCGAACCAGCUCGCGGAAGGUGGCCGUCUUCACCUUCCAGGAGGCGUCCGGCCACGCCUCUUCUCAUGCCCUGCUGGACCUGGAGUACCUCUUCAGGUGCAGCAGCAAGCCAGGUGCCAGCGACAUGCAGGUCAAAAUCUGCGUGGCGCUGCGCUGCGGCGGGAAACGCGUGGCCCGCGCUGACCUGGAAGAAUUUCUCGGCCAGCUGACGCGGGGUGGCCGCCUGGACUCUUUCUUCCUGUACAUACACGAGGAAAAAGUCGCCCUCCUGCAGGCCAAUCAGCCAGUCCCGUACCCAGCUACGGAAUGGCUUUUUGAGGGAGCGCCACGAGGCACACACACGCAGGUUAAGGCUGAGGCUCAGGAAGAAAACGAUGAUAUAGACGAAUUGGAGGACAAACACGAAGAAUGGAAGGCUGACCUCAAAUUGGUAUUCUUCCCUGAAGAUGAAGAUGAUAUGGACGAAUUGGAGGACAAACACGAAGAAUGGAAGGGUGACCUCAAAGAGGUAUUCUCCCCUGAAGAUGAAGAUGAAAUUGACGAAUUGGAGGACAAACACGAAGACUGGAAGGCUUGCCUCGAAGAGGUAUUCACCGCUGAAGAUGAAGAUGAAAUUGAGGAAAUGAAAGACUGCAGUGACGACAACUACCAGGAAUGGAAGGCUUAUCUGGAAACGGUGUUCUCCGUUGAAGAUGAUGAUGAUGAAGUUGCAGACGAGGCGACCUCCGAGUUGCAGGAAGCCUCAGGUGAAGGAAAUGAUGCGUCAGACGAGGCGACCUCCGAGUUGCAGGAAGCCUCAGGUGAAGGAAAUGAUGCGUCAGACGAGGUGACCUCCGAGUUGCAGGAAGCCUCAGGUGAAGUGAUUGAUGCGUCAGACGAGGUGACCUCCGAGUUGCAGGAAGCCUCAGGUGAAGGAAAUGAUGUGUCAGACGAGGUGACCUCCGAGUUGCAGGAAGCCUCAGGUGAAGGAAAUGAUGCGUCAGACGAGGUGACCUCCGAGUUGCAGGAAGCCUCAGGUGAAGGAAAUGAUGCGUCAGACGAGGUGACCUCCGAGUUGCAGGAAGCCUCAGGUGAAGUGAUUGAUGCGUCAGACGAGGUGACCUCCGAGUUGCAGGAAGCCUCAGGUGAAGGAAAUGAAGCAGCAGACGCGGCGACGUCCGAGGUGGAGGAAGCCUCUCAAAACGGUACAAUGGCCGCAGACCAGGAUGUCCCCCGUCAAGGCGAGGCCUCUGCACCAGUGACCGUCUCUGCCACGCCCUCCACUGCUUCGUACGCUUACCGCAGCCUGAUUGUGCCUCAAAGAUUCAUCAGCCGCCUUGCAGGCCCCGAGGACCGCCACCUCGAGGAUCUGCGGCGGAGCUAUGGGGUCCAAAUCGUGCGGAAUAAGCGAACCCUGCAUGUGAAGGGUCACAGAGACGCAGUGCUGCAGUGCCACCACUCCAUGCGCGCCAAGAUCGCUGAGUGGCGGAGGGGCGAGGCCGCUGAGGCUCACUAAGCGACCUACCGACACCUGUGACGGUCCCGUAACACUGCCCAUGACCUGACCCCUGACGGAGACAGUGACGCUGCCGACGAGGCGACCCCCGAGUUGCGGGAAGCCUCUGGCGGCACCAUCACUACCGAGUAUCUUUUCUUAUAGUUUCUUAUUGUCCAGACAUUAUGAUAUUGUUGUACUUGUCAUCCGAGAGAGAGAGAGAGAGAGAGGGCUACUGCCGGCGUGCGUGGCGGCGCUGGAGGAGAAUCCGCCUUGUAAUUUUAUCUUCAAUAUCGGCGAGUCGGGAAAAAGGGAGAGAAAACAGCUGACACCCGGAGGCCCUCUGCAAAACAUC